CAUUUAGAUGGACUGGUUGGUGGGCUGUGUGGCAUUGGUCCACCUUGUUGUGGCACCAUACACGAAGGUAGAAGAGAGUUUCAACCUCCAGGCCUGUCAUGAUCUGCUCUAUCAUGGAAUACACCUCAGCCAGUACGACCACUUAGAAUUCCCAGGUGUUGUGCCAAGGACCUUUGUAGGACCACUUGUCGUUUCUGCAAUUGCUUACCCAAUUGUGGCCAUUAUUAAACUACUUGGCCUUUCUAAGUUUCUUGCCCAGUAUGUUGUGCGAGCAGUAUUAGGGCUUCUUGUAAUCUUGGCAUGGCGCCGUUUCCGAAAACAACUACAGGAGAGCUUUGGCCCGUCUGUUACCUUCUGGUUCACCCUCAUCACUGCCUCCCAGUUCCACUUCAUGUAUUACCUAAGUCGCCCACUACCCAAUACCUUUGCUCUUGCUAUAGCCCUCCUCACCUUCUCAUACUGGCUAGAGCAUCGUCAUGGCCCUCUCAUUUGGACAUCAGGAGUUGCAGUUUUGAUAUUCCGAUCUGAGUUGUGUCUACUUUUGGGGCCAAUGCUGCUGCUGGACCUUACAACUCGGAGACUGCUCACAGUUCCAUUUCUGAAAUAUGCAAUACCAGCAGGGCUCUUGUGCCUCGUCACCACACUGACCAUAGAUUCUUUCUUCUGGAAACGACUCUUAUGGCCUGAAGGAGAAGUCUUCUGGUUUAAUACAUACAAGAACCAGAGUCAUAAUUAUGGAACAUCACCCUUUUUGUGGUAUUGGUACUCAGCACUCCCUAGAGCCCUAGGCUUAAGUAUCCUUCUUGUCCCUUUUGGCAUUGCACUGGAUAAGAGACUGCAGGUUCUGGUAACUCCUGCUUUUAUCUUUGUGGCAGCCUACUCUAUCCUGCCCCAUAAGGAACUACGUUUCAUUAUCUACGUCUUCCCCAUUCUCAAUGUUGCUGCUGCCAGAGCAUGCCAUUUUCUCUGGGAAGGGAGAGACAAGUCUACCAGCCGUCAGCUGUUGGCUGUAGGGUCAGCACUGCACCUGGUGGGUAAUGUGGUGUUCACAACCUUUUUGCUUACCAUCUCGGCCAACAACUAUCCAGGAGGUGUGGCUGUACAAAAGUUACAUCAGAUAGUUCCUCAGGAUAUGAAUGUCAGUGUCCACAUUGAUAACUUUUCAGCACAGACUGGAGUAUCAAGAUUCACACAGCUUCAUGAUCACUGGAGAUAUAACAAAACUGAACAUUUGAAAGCUGGAGGGCCAGAAUUAAGAUCAUUCACCCACUUGUUGGUUGAAGGCAAAUCCAAAUAUUCAUACAAUCUCAAACAUUACACAACCUCGCAUCAGAUCCUCACUUCAGUGGAAUCAUUCUCGCACCUGAGCUUCAAUUAUCAACAGUUUCCCCCUGUGAAGGUUAGGGUGAAGCCAUCUAUCUUUGUCCUGAAAAAUCUGGUGGAGGAAGAUAUUGACUGGUCAUGGCUACAAGAGGAAGAGGAAGAAAAGGAGGAAUUAGAAGAAAUGAGAAGUGAAGAAGAGGAGGUUGUCCAUGAAGAAGAAAAAGCUGAAGAAAUUAGCCAACAGGAAGAGGAAAAGGAAAAGGAAGAAGAAGGAGAAGGAGAAGAACAAGAUCAAGAUCAAGAGGAUCAGGAGGAGGAGAUAAUGGAACAGGAGCAGGAGGAGGAGGAGGAUAACAUUUUUGAAGAAAGCGUAUAUGAACCAAAAGCAGCUGAGGAAAAGCCAGAAGAAGAGGAAGGAAUUGUGAAGGAUGAAUCGCUUCAAGGAGAGGAUGACUCUAAAAAUGCAGAAGAAAUUGAAGAAUCAAUAGACAGUGAUGUAGGAGAAACACAAGAGGAGAAGGUGGAGCAGCAACAGGAGGGGGAGGAGAAGGAAGAGAAGGAGAAGAAGGAGGAGGAGAAGGAGGAGGAGGAGGAGGAGGAGGAGAAGGAGGAGGAGGAGGAGGAGGAAGAGGAGGAGGAGGAGAAGAAGGUGGAGGAGGAGGAGCCUAGACUUCCAGAGCCUGGCUGUUUUAUGCCAGAAGGGGAAGUUUAUGAUGUUAGUGGUGAAGGUGAAGUCCCUGAUAAGCAACCUUCAGACGUGAAUGAAGUGUUGAUGGAAGGGGAAAAGAAAGCAGAUAGUGACAGUGAACAAUUUUGUUAUGGCAGUGAGAGUGAUGAUUGCCAACUUUUGGAAACGGGAGAAAAUGAUAAUAGAGCAAAUGAGAACAAUCCCAGCAAAAUGAAAAUGGAAACCCAAGAAGAUAGCAGUGUAGAAGCAGAAGAGGAAGAAAACAGAUUUGUUGAAAUAACAUAUGAGACAAAGGAAGCAGAUGCCAAAGCUGAUGAGAGUGAAGAAGAGCAGUGGCAGAUAAUGGACCUGAUUGUGACCAAGACGAAGCAGCUGAUAUGGAAUGUCUUCUUGUUCUGUGCGGUGUGCUACGUCGGGUGCUCUCUCUUCAACCAAUAGCCAGAAUAACAGAAGAAUGUACAGUCUUCUAUGAAAAAGAUUUUAAAGAAUUCAUAUAUGUGUAUAGUGCCAGAAGUGCUUUAUUAAUCUGAGUUUGAAUAAUGCAAUUUGUUGUAUUUACGUUGUCUUCAAGUGUUGGGAAUACAAAACCGGAACGACGAACGUAUAUAAUCACAAAAAUCAUUAUAAUUAUUUACGGCCAUUUGUCUUUUAUUUGCAUUUUUC